AUGCUUUGUGAGAGCAAAAGGGUCAAAGAUCCAAUGAAAGGAGGUCGUUCUGGCCUGGGCUUCAAGGUGGUUUUCCAUAUUACUGGUAAGUACGUGUACACUGAGAAUAACGGCUAGUUAUUUCUUCGUCUCAACCGGAAAACUAGCUACCAAGAAAUGUUCAUCAACUUCAAUUUAUACACCAAUACAUUCUAAAAUAGAAAAGUGAGAAGCUAUAUUUUAGGAAUAAUACAAGAAUAUGUUCGGCCUAAAAUCGGCAGAAAAUAAGAAUAUUCAGCCUGGCCUGGAAAAACAACAUUUUCAAAAAAUAGUGUUCGAAUUUUUUCAACACACUACAAGUAUAGCACAUGCAAUGCAAAUGACAACAGCGUUUAGUAGCGGAGAUCUCGCGCGCGCGAAGCGCGCGCGCAGCGGAGCACCAUGGGUAAGAAAAUUUGGUAAAUUAUCCAUCCGAGAAAAUUUGGUUAUGACGUAGCGUACGCCCACCCGUACAAACACUUCAUGCAAGCCGAUGUCAAAUGUCACAAUAGAUCUUACACAACUUGACUAGCCUUUUAGUUAUGUAAGCCAUCCGUAUGAGUACGAUUAGAUUGACAGCUGUCAAAAUCAGACAUCCGCUGACAAUCAUCACACGACCAUCUCGCGGGCUCAGAUGAAAGACAAGUCGUUUUGCUCCUACAUGUAAGCUGAUAUAAUAUGUCACACUUACCAAUUCAACAUAAAAACGAAACUACGCCGGGCAAGGCUGUCAGUUGGCUGACAGUCGUUUAAAUUUAUAUUGGCAAGCCAAAUUAAGGUCAAUUGGCAGCUGUCAAAAUGGGACAUGUGCAGACCACUAUCAGAAAACUAAUAACGUGGGCUCAGGUGCGCUCAGGUACACGAUCUGGCAUUUUUCACUACAUGCCGGACGGAUAUGUCUUACUCACACUCGUAGUCUGUUAAUUCGAAUAUUCGCCAUUCUAAUGAAGGUUAAUUGAAGCUGUCAAACUAGAGUAUACGCUAACCAUCAUCAUCUGAGUGUAUCGCGGGCUCAUUUUUCUAGCCAUUGAGGUCACCUUGUGUUUAAAUUUUUGCGCUGAUAUUUUAUUUGAUCACGGGCUCAAUACGAAGCCCCAUAGCUUAGAAAAUCUAUCCAUCCUAGAAAAUUCGGCAAUCACGUGACCGUACACCGACCACCCGACCUUCCGUCCGUCUGCACCACAGGCAUACCAAUGUUUAAUCUCACACUUUCUAGCUAGUUUGGGAGCCUGCAACCUGAUAUUGUAUAUCCAUGUUUUGAUUAACUGACAGCUGUCAAAUUAGUGUUUCUGCUGACCAGUAUCGCCUGACCCUAUCGCGGGCUCAGGUAUCGACCCACUGAGUUCGAGUGUUUUUUUGAAAGUAUCAGCUGACAAGUUGAAACUUUUCAAUUAUCGCAGGCUCAAGUUCAGUUUUUUUUAAAAUGCAUAUUACUUUUCUCACUGUCACGCGUUGAUCACGCUCUACGUCCAAUUUUUAUGUUCUGAUUGGUUAAAAUUUGACAGGUGAGUUCAUGCGGAAAAUUUAUGCAGCGCCUGGAAACUUGCUUACUGAUAGCUGGAGCUGACAGAGUUUUGUGUCAUUUCGUGAUGUUUUAAACUGUCUUUUUCUACUUGGUGUACAAAAUGAAAUACAGCUGCCAUCAAGAUUGUUCUGUAAUUCACGGCUGGUUUGUUUAUUGCGCUUUUUGUUGACAAAUGCACCGCCUGUCAAAGUCAUUGGAAGUCCCAUUUCGGAUGGCAUCGUUUUCAAAAAUGAGCUUACUCACUUGCCCUUGCUUGAGGCGUAAGAGGGUUGAAAAGUCUCAAGCGAUUCUGGAACACUUGAUGACGUUCAGAAGCAGCAUCUCGACUGGUAAGCCAGAGCAAUUAUUGUCUUUGAUGUGUUUUUUUUUUCGGUUUCCUGAAGUCGAGCGUAGGGUUUAUGCGGCUUAAGUUUAUACACGAGCAAUGAUCUAACCUACAAUAGUAUCAGGUUUAAAAAGCCUUCAGACAUUUUUUGACCGCAAAUUCAAAGAAAAGGUUCCAAAGAUUAUUUAGUUAUGAUUUUGGCUGUAAACAGAAAGCUCUGAGCGAUUUUCUUGCCUCGAGUUCAUUUUGAAAAAGAGCAAACACCGGGAAGCCGGCUAAAAACAUAAAUAAGCUUAUGCUUAUCUGACUCAUGAUUUUCAAAGACACUUUACUCUCAAUACUUCUCUUCGUGAAUGAAAAUUAUUGUCUCUGUACGUGUUUCACCGGACUAUAUUUAUUUUAUUGAUUGUUAGUGAUCCCUCUCGCAAUUUUUAUCGCUGCCCCUUUUGUUUCCAGUCGAACAUAAACAUCGCAUGCAGGAAUACUCAAAACGCCGCGCGUAAAUAUCACUCGCUUUAAAGAUUACACAUAACAAAACCAUACACAAUUUAAUAAAUAAAGGGAGAUAAAACCUAAACAUAACAAUUUAUCUAUCAUGUUGAAGCGUAAAUGGUAACUCUGUUAAUCGCACUGCAAAUUUGGUGCCUGUCAAAAGUGAGAACCCGUCCGGCUGGCCGAAAGUGAUUUUGGGAAUUUUUUUACCGUUUUCAUUAAAAGCCCAUAAUUAUUACCCUACAUAUCACAUAGGACCAGAUUUUUCUAACUGAAAAGUCCCGGCAUUAUAGAGUUCUCUUCACGAAAACGUUUUAUAAUUCAAUGCUAUAAUUUGUUGUGCAAAGAAAGCGCGUGCUUUGAUCGUCGUGGAUAUUGAAUGCGUGCAAAUUCUCUUGCAAAAUUGUGAAAAACUGCAGAAUUAUAGGUUUAAAUAGGGCAAAAAGAACAAAUUCUGUCCGAGGUCUUUAUGAUAAAAAAGGGCCUCAAAGUACUGUUUACCUGAGACGUGAUGAGGAAAAAUAUGUUUAAAAGGCUGGUUUACAAGCCACCAGAUUCGUCGCCAAGAUUUACUAGUAAACUAAACUUGUCGAACACAAAAAAUCCGGCCUUAUUUUUUAUUUUGGCCUCUCUUUUAGACAGAGGAAUGCAACGUGUAAAUUGGCUGCCACCAAGGACUAUCGUGGCGCGUGUGUUUCUUAAAAUCAUACUUCGGGGUUGUCCAAUUAUCCAUAGUCUCUGUAACGGAGCAAUGUUGGAGAGACUGGUGAAUGCCACAUUAUAUGAUGCAACAGCUGAUGCAAAUACAAUACACGAAUAGGUCUACUUGUUUUCCAGGCCUAAUCUACUGUGAUCGAACAUGAUUGCUAUUUUUUUGCUAUUUUAUAACUCGAUGUAAAAUUUGUUUCACUCUUGGACUGUCAAAUUAUUUUUCUCUAAAAUCACUUAGCCUUUGCCUCAAAGGUCAAAUGAAUGUGCCCUGAUCUGUGGAUUACAAGUUUAUUGUUUGAUUUAAAUUAUGAAUUUAUUAACGGGAGCUUCGCUUUUAGCCCUGGCUAAAUCUAUAUAUUANUCUGUCCGAGGUCUUUAUGAUAAAAAAGGGCCUCAAAGUACUGUUUACCUGAGACGUGAUGAGGAAAAAUAUGUUUAAAAGGCUGGUUUACAAGCCACCAGAUUCGUCGCCAAGAUUUACUAGUAAACUAAACUUGUCGAACACAAAAAAUCCGGCCUUAUUUUUUAUUUUGGCCUCUCUUUUAGACAGAGGAAUGCAACGUGUAAAUUGGCUGCCACCAAGGACUAUCGUGGCGCGUGUGUUUCUUAAAAUCAUACUUCGGGGUUGUCCAAUUAUCCAUAGUCUCUGUAACGGAGCAAUGUUGGAGAGACUGGUGAAUGCCACAUUAUAUGAUGCAACAGCUGAUGCAAAUACAAUACACGAAUAGGUCUACUUGUUUUCCAGGCCUAAUCUACUGUGAUCGAACAUGAUUGCUAUUUUUUUGCUAUUUUAUAACUCGAUGUAAAAUUUGUUUCACUCUUGGACUGUCAAAUUAUUUUUCUCUAAAAUCACUUAGCCUUUGCCUCAAAGGUCAAAUGAAUGUGCCCUGAUCUGUGGAUUACAAGUUUAUUGUUUGAUUUAAAUUAUGAAUUUAUUAACGGGAGCUUCGCUUUUAGCCCUGGCUAAAUCUAUAUAUUAUUAAAAUAGGUUCACUUUGUCAACGUUAUGCUUGCAUAACAUUUAAGUAACAAUACUUUUUCUCUAUUUGAUUUUCCGAUCACAUUCUUACUAAACCACAGAUUUACCAAGCAUCAUGAGCACCUCGCAGGUCGGUGUAAUUGAUGCACACAAGAAAUGCUUUGGAGAAAGACGUACAGGAUACAGCUGGGACAUAAGAGAUGACCGUGAUAUCAUGAACGCCAUACCAGACCAGUUUGCUCCUUACAGGGGGGUAUUUGACUACCCAGAGGACAUUUUCACCAGAGGUUCUUACAAGGGUACUCUUUUCCGCUUUCCACUACGAACUGAGCCCUCCAAGUUAUCAAAAACUUUGUAUUCUGCCGAAAAGGUUAACGAUUUGUUCAAUGGCUUCAUGGCUGAUGCCCACUUGGUUCUACUGUUCAUGCAACAUCUUGAAAGUAUUGAACUGUACGCUCGUGAAGAGUUAGAAAGCAAACCCAGAAGAACGUUUCAAGUCAGAAUAUGUGAAGAAAGCCUUAAGUUGGUACGAGAAAAGAGAAAGGAGUUUCAAGAAACAGUCCUUAGCGGUCCGCUUUUAUUCCACUCAGUCCAUGUCACUUAUCCAAUUACGAUUGAGGCAGUACAAUAUCGUCAAGGGGUAGAAGCAGGCAAAUGCAGUCAUUCCUUCCUUGUAACAAACUACGUUUGUGGUGGAACGUUAUCGUCUGAAUUUCAAGCACUUGUUGUAGAUCCAAGUCUCAGCUACUUACCUUUAGCUGGCGUUGCUAUGACAUUGCCCUCAAGCCCCCAGGAUCCCGUCCCAGAAAUUCAAGGUCACGUGUUUUGUGUCUUGCCGUUACCUGUGCCAAAGUCCAGUCUGACAGGCUUGCCGGUUCAUGUGAAUGGAUUCUUUGCCCUGACUCAGAAUAGAGGUCAUAUCAAGUUUCCAACCGCAGAACAGGAAGGUCACCCUUUAACUGACAAAUCCUUAAAAUGGAAUAAGUGUCUUUUAGAGGAGGCCAUACCCCAAGCCUAUGCCAUGAUGAUUUUAGAAGCCAUCAACAACAAGAGCUUCAAAGUGCAAGCAGCGACUGUUUACCAGUAAGUGACAACUGUAAGAAACUGCAAAGCUAGGAAGUAUAAUCUGCGGACAUAAUUCCCCGUGAUUACUUCCCUUCUCCGGACCAAGCAGCCUCUUCUGCUUGUAACAUAUAAAUGAUAAAUAAAAGCACCCUUUUUAAAAGGCAAACAUGAUGAAACGUUAGCAUAUCAUCCAUAAAAUUGUAUUCAACAUAAGUUGGAAAAGCAAUAGCUCCCCGACCUUUAAGGAGUACUAAAAAAGUCUAGGUAUCUUAACGAUUGCCCAAGAAGUUUGGCAAAAUAUUACCUGUGAAGGCACCCAUAUAAGAGACGCUAGGAUGUGAUUAUAUGGACACCAGCCUUAAGGAGACAAAUCGAAGCGAUAUUUCAUUAUGCUGCCUCCAAAGAAAUUGAAUUGGCCUUUGUCAUUGCUCCUAUUACCUAAACGACUUUCAUUUAUCAUUCAUUUAAACUAUGAUGAUUCAUUUGCUUUGUUACAGAGCGUGGCCAGAGUUCACACGAGUCAACCAGAAAUGGGAGAGCAUUGUUCAAUCAUUGUUUUAUAUCCUGUCAGAUAAGGAAAUUAUCUACAGCAAAGUCAAUCUUGGGAAAUGGCUUCUUGUUAAAAAUGCAAUUUUCAACCAGGUACCUGAAAGACGUCUUAAAGAGCUUCUUGAAAGUGUCUUGCUUGAAGCGAAUGUUCCAGUUGUCUCUGUUCCCUGCCACGUGAUGGAUGCCAUCAGGUCUUUUACUGAUGCUAAGAAUAUCACAGCUAGUGUCACGAGAAAAGAAUUGAAGAAAUCUGCAACUUGUUAUAAAAACCUUAUGAGGCAUGAAAAGAUGCAGCUUCUUCAGUUCUGUUUACAAGAUCACCAAUAUGAAGACCUUUGCGGCCUGGAGCUUUUGCCUCUGUCCAAUGGCACAUUUAGCACCUUUUCAGCGCUUGCUCACGAAAUCUACAUCAGCUCCCUUGAGCAUUCUCAAGAUCUUCUACCUGGCCUAGAGCACCGCUUUUUGGAACAAAAGUUGGAUUCGGACAUCCUUCAAAAGCUGAAUUACGCAGCCAGACAAGGUAAGGCUGCUUGGAGACGCCUCUUUGUUGGCGGCACCCAAGUAUAACCUUUCCAUUUAAUGAGGGAAAAUUUUUCAGGAUUUAUCAUUAGUGCAAAAUUUCAUGCCCUCGUCAUCAGUCCCACCUGCCGAAAUUCUUGGGACUAAUUUUCUGGUUUUGAAUAGGAUUUAAAAAUACUGAGGCCCGUUUCAAACGUCGUGGUACUGCCGUGCCGAACUCAUUGAUCGAAUUAAGCGCGACGUUUGAAACCAAGUCGUGCUGCUGCCGUGUAGCACGGCAAGCCUUGCCAUGCUACACGGCAGUAGCUCGACUUGGUUUCAAACGUCGUGUAGCCUGAGUAUCAGGCCUCCCUAAGGGGCUAGGGGAGAGGAGAUUUUAGAUGGGGGAGGGGGAAGGGGAGAAGAGAAAGGAAGGCCUGACACAAAACCAUUCAGCAAAUCGUUUGACACAUCCAAGAUCUGGAUGUGGCAGUGAUUGGAUAACACACAAUACCCCCUGACGUCACCGACCGCAAGAGCGAUCGGCAAGGAGAAGCCGUUGAAAUUUUUCAUAGAUAUUUUGAUUUCAUGUUACCGGUAUGUGAUAUUUUCAUGGACAGAGAAGCAGAGAGGAAUUCAAAAGGCUCUAGAGGGCGCUCUCAAGUUCUUUCCUGAAAUAGAAAUAAAACCCGAGCAAGAAUUGUGUUUUCAAGGCCUCGUAGUUUAAAGGAAAGAUGUACUCGGAGUAUGGAAAAGCCUCAUAUACCAGCUUCUGCCGAAACUAUGUCCGAGUAUUGGUUUCACAAGACAGGGACAAAGAAGACGAUAUCAGUGUUUCAGAUAUCUAAGUUCUGAUUUACAACAUCCUGCCGUUAAAAGGGUAUUGUUACUGUAAAUGAAAAUAGAGCGAGGUAACCAUGUAUUGAGAUGGCCGACAGCACCAAUGCUUUUAAAAAGCUUGACUUUGCUUGUGGCGGUUACGAUAACGUACGUGAUUGGAAUUCGUUCGCUUCCUCUUCUAAAAUCUUCUCACUUUUGAAAUGUCUUAAGCUCAAGCGGGCGCCAUCAUAUUUCGCCAACGGGAUUGACCUUUGCCAUAGGCUCUCACCUCUUUUUGAACUAGUAACACCUUUCACGAGCUCUCUGUGAAGUCGUGGAAUUUGCUGCUGCUUGAUAAUUUCUAGGCAUAGGUGUUUCACCAUCGCACCUUCCUAUUUAUUCUUUCUAUUUAUUCCACCUGAGAAUACGAGGGAUAACAUCAGCUUUUUAGCUGCCAGACAAGCGCCUGAUGUAACUCUGUAAACAAAAGCAAUUUACAAUUUUUUUCCGGGCACGCGUUUAUUUACAAACAGAGCGUUGGCGAUCUUACACCAGCACAAUUCCUAAAACAUGUUAUAAUUCCUUAAAAACGGCAGGUUUUACAUUACAAGUAUUCGAAAACUCCUCAUUGGAGAUUUCAGAAAAAAGCGAAACCGUAGCAACACAAGCACCAGAGCUCGGCCAGACCGUAAAGUGAGAUUUAUUUUAGGCGAGCUUUUUGACACGUGAAGCUGACAACCUAAUGACCGGAAGUGAUUUUCAUUGGAUGGUAUCGAAUCAUGCUGUGUGGGGGUGAAAGGCUCUAGUAAAAGCAUCUGUGUCAGGCGUUUCUCUCCCUCAGCUCUGUCCCUCUUUCGCUUCCAUCUUUCCCCCUUUCCCCAGAAACGCCUGAUACUCAGGCUAAACGUCGUGCUACCGCCGUACCGAACUCAAUUCAUAAAUUUUAAAUACAUUAGAAUACCUUUAAAAGUUUGCCAAACCGUUUCUUUAUUUUUGUGUUUUGUUUCGGUAACAGCCGUUCUAUUCGACUGAAUUUAAUUCGACGUCUGAAACCAAGUCGUGCUAGUGUCGUGCUGCAGUCAAGCAGUAGCACGACGUUUGAAACAGGCCUUAGUUAUCCGUUUGCGACUCCUUUUUAUCCCGUUAAGCAAUGUAGAAAUUUGACAAUUUACGUUUGGAAAUGAUUAGUCUCCUUGAUAACCGUACUAGGCAAGCUUAUAGUCCAGAUGAUUAAUCCAAUGUCUUUCAAGCUAUCAGCACCAAUUUGGUUGUUUUUGUUUUUUUGUUAAUAUCCUUCCUUCAAAUAAUUCAGAAGCUAUGUUUUUUUAAUGACUAUCUUGCUUGAAAAGGAGUAGCGGAAAACAGUAGACAAUUUUAACAGUGACAGGAGCCCCCUCUUUACGCUAAUGAUUUACUUUCAUAGAAUGCACCCAGCUACGACUUCUCUCCGAGAACGAAGUGGUAGUUCUUCUUAAAGAAUCCCUCCCUUCCGACUGGAGUCAAGGAAAAACUGUUUUGUGGUACCCAGAAGACAAAAAGCACAACCAUCCCCCAAGAGACUGGAUCGAGCUCAUUUGGAGAUACGUUCGCGACCAUUUCCCUACUAGGGAGAGGCUGCAUCGACUUCAGAACUUUUCCUUAAUUCCAGUCAGCAUGGAACAGACAGCUGUUACUUUGAAGCCCCUUGUUCAGCCUUCCACAGUCGUGAUUAAAAGCCUGGGUGGGGACAUCAUUAAUGAUGCUCUGAUACAUGUCUUGACAAAGAUGGGUGGGGUUGUCUUGACUGAUUGUCCGGACUUUAUACUUGAUCACCCCUGUGUCUUAGAUACCUUUGUGCAUCGUCCUAAUGUCCAAGGCAUUUUCAAGACAAUAGUGAAGUUAGCGUCCAUGUUCACCAUUAAAAAGUUGUCCGAAGUCGUGAGAGGGCUUUCUCCCGGAGAAAAGAGAAGUUUGAGAUCAUUCCUUGCUAAUGUCAAACCAGUGCAACUAGGAAAAAAAGAAAGUGAUCUCAUGUGCUCUCUUCCGAUUUUUGAGACCUUCUCCAAGACGUUUGUGUCCAAAAAAGAAGGUCUGUCAGCAGCGCUUAUCGAAUCUCUUCCCAUUCAACCACGACGAGAACUCAUUGACAUUUCUGAAGAAGAAUCUAGGAGUUUAGCUCUUCUUCUUAAAGUCCGAAUUCUUAAGCCCACAGAAGUGCUUUGCGAAAUAGUACUGCCUGACAUCCAAAGCGACAUGUAUGAUGGAGGGCAGAUUGAUAAGUUAAUGCCCUAUGUGCUCACGAAUUUUGCACACGUCAUUCGUUCUGAUGCUCACUUCAAGCGGAAUAUACAAGCGUUGCCAUUUUUACCAAAGGCAAAUCAGAGCAAGCGAGUGAAGGGGUCGGAUGUCUUUGAUCCCAGGGAUGAGAACCUUAGGAAAUUUUUUGCCAACGAAAAUGUUUUUCCCGUCGGCCAGUUGUACAACGACUCCAUCGUCCUAAGUGUUUUGGAAGAAGUUGGAAUGAAAAGCGAAUCCGACAUCACUGCGAAAGACCUUCUUCGAAGCGCUAAAAUCGUUAGCGUGCUUUCAGACCCUUCGAAAGCGAGAGAGAAGUCUCAUGCAAUUUUGCAACAUCUUGAACGUCAUCCGCAAAAACUUAAGAGCACAAUUGAUGGGCAAGAGUUGGGCUCGCUACUGAUGAAAAUCCAGUGGGUGCCAAACUUGAUCACGAAAACAUCAAACUUCCCACCUUCACUCCCUUGGUUUGAAACAGGCGAAGAAGAAGGGAGACACUUUUUCAAGCCGCCUGAACUGAAGAGCCAGCAGGUUAUCAAUCUCAUCGGAUCUGUAAAACCUGUCGUCGCCUUUGAGCCGUCGAUUGAAAUCGCUGGUCAUUUUGGCUGGCUUAAGAAACCAGAAGUCUUCGACGUUGCUAAGCAUUUGCAGAAUGUAGUUAGGCGUUACACGGGUGAUGAGAAGGCAUACUACAUGGUUUUGGUAAAUGACAUCUAUGUGUUUUUGAGCUGUGCAGACUAUGCUGAGGUCACAGAGGUGCUAAGCAACUCGCAUUUCGCCUGGGUUUGGAAUGGAGAUGGCUUUUCCUCACCAGGCCAAGUGCUUUUCAGUAAGCCAGCAAUUGACUUAACACCCUUCAUUCGCCUCCUCCCUUCGGAGAUGAUGAAACACUCCCAGUUGUUCACCCUUUUUGGCAUGAGGACAAACAGCGAUCCAUCUCUUUUAGUGCAAGUACUUGGCUUGAUUAAAGAAAAGUAUGACGGUCAAAAUUCUCCAGUUAUGAACGCCUCGGAAGUACGACACGAUCUCCAGUUAUCAGUUGAUAUUUUGAACGAACUGGCAAGUGAUGAACUAUCACCACAGUUCCAAAGAGAGAUCCUUCUACCUGUCCGUGUCGAUGGCAACUUGUACGUCCGGCUUGAACCAGUCAAGCACUGCAUGUACACUGAACAAAAGGAAUGGUUGCAGAGUGAAAGCGAAGACGGAGAGCAAAAAUACUAUCAUGUGCAUCAUAAUGUGCCUAACAACACUGCUGUACGUCUGGGUGUUCCAUCGUUAACACAUCGAAUGUUAGACCCAGAUGAGCUUUCCAUUGGAGAAGAGUUUGGACAGGAGGAGAAGCUUACCACUCGAUUAAACCGACUUUUAGAAGACUACAAAGAUGGCCUUGCUGUGCUAAAAGAGCUGGUACAAAACGCAGAUGAUGCUGGUGCCACUGAGGUUAAGUUCCUGUACGAUGAAAGAACCAACGAGGAUGCCAUGACCUGUCUCAUUGACGAUGGAAUGAAAAAAUGUCAAGGUGCUGCCCUCUGGGUGUACAACGAUGCAACUUUUAAGAAUGAGGACUUUAUUAACAUCACAAAACUUAAUGAAGCAACCAAAAUGUAUGACACCGAGAAGAUUGGUAGAUUCGGACUUGGCUUCAAUGCAGUGUACAACCUCACAGAUGUGCCGAUGUUUGUAAGUAAGAACUAUUUUGUCAUACUUGAUCCUAACACAUCUCACCUGGGAACUGCGAUCAAUAACAGAAAGCCAGGUAUGAAGAUUGAUCUCAACAAAGAUGUCAGAAAUUUGAAGACGUUUAGAAAUCAGUUCAAACCAUUCAAUGGCGUGUUUGGCUGUGAUUUAAGUCUUGACAGAGACGACUACUCGUACAAUGGUACGCUGUUUAGAUUUCCAUUGAGGACAAGAGAACAAGCAGCAGUCAGUGAGAUCAGAAACAAGUGUUACGACGACCACGAAAUGAGGAAACUGUUAGAAAUGUUUAUCGAGAAAGCAAACACGGUUCUUCUUUUUACGCAAAACGUAUUCCGUGUUGGAAUGUACUUUUUACCAAACUCUUCAGGGCAAAAUCUACAACCGUUGCUAAUGUUUCAGGUCAACAAAUCACUCGCACAAGGAGGAAUACUGAGAGAAUUGUCUUUCCCUAUCGCACUACCAAACACUUCGAACAAACUGACUGCAGAACAGAGGAAGUUGAUGGUACAGUCUAAUUUCCUUCAAGCAUCAUCCAAGUUUAAAAAACUUCCCCAGAGUAAAACAGCCAAGCAAAGUGAAUUCCCUGAAUCAUCCAUUAUCAUUGAUGUGGAAUGCUUUUUAACCCAGUUUGGAGCCAGUUUUUUUCAAAAAGAGAAGCCCCCUGGAAGAAAACGAGAAAGCUGGUUGAUCGUGUCCUCAAUGGGGUGUGGAGAGUCAAUGGAGUUUUCUGAAAGCGAUCCUAGUCUUCUUCCGUCCGGAGGCGUAGCUGCUCAGUUAUUUAGUUUGGACUGCAAGACCUUUCUGCCCACACCAGCAAAGAGUGGAAUGGUUUUUUGCUAUCUUCCACUCCCGAUUCACAGUGGCCUGCCAGUUUGCAUAAAUGGUGCAUUUGCAGUAGAUUCUAAUAGGCGUCGUUUGCAGGGCAAACUUGAAGACGACAAAAUAUGCUAUGGCGAGGAAUGGAAUAAUGUUCUAAUGACUGAUUCCAUAUCUACUGCUUAUCUGUGCCUCCUUGAAGACCUUAAGGAAAUUGUCCCCAAAGACGGACGUUAUGUUUUCCAUUCACUGUGGCCAAGGGCUUUUGACGUAAGCGAGCAGUGCUGGUCUAUUACAGAGUCUUUCUACAAGCAAAUUGCUAAUGGAGCUCAUGCUCUGUUUUCCAAUGGAGAAAAAUGGGUUGGCAUUACUCAGGUGGUUUUUCUUCAUCCAGACCUUCGCAUGGAUCCUGAAAUUGGAGAAAUUUCGUUUUCUGUGUUUUGUGACUUCCCUAAAGGAAAUGAUGUGGUGAUUGAUUUGCCAGCCGAAGUAUUCCAGUCUUUUGAACGUUGUGAUCUGUUAAAUGUGCUAAGAAGUAAAACAUACGACAAGUUUCGAUUUUUCCGUGAAGUUUUCUUUCCAAACAUUUCAAGUGUUACUUCAGACCAGCGGGAUGUUCUUGUGCUACAUGCACUACAUCAAGACAGCAAAACGUUGGACGCCUUGAUAAUAAAAAACUCCUGCGUUCCAGUGUCGCCUGAUGGAAAGAUUCUCAAGCGGCCGAGUCAGUUAGUGAAUCCCAAAAAAGAAGCUUCCUCCUUGUUUUUCCCAGACGAUGGUAGGUUUCCCUUUGGCGACAAGAGUACAUUUCGCAACCCACAAGUGCUUGCCAAACUGGAGGUACUUGGAAUGAACUCAUACGAUCUUCCUUGGGAGGAUAUUGCAGAAAGAGCAGAGAGUGUCCAACGAGUUAAUUCAGUGGACAGUAAGGCGGCAGUUAAGCGUGCUAAGUUUUUGAUAGAAUUCGUACAAAAGAAGUUGAAGCUGACAGAUAAAGGCUCCUCGGAAGGCGUCAUUUCUCGUAUUGUCAAAGCUGAGUUUCUCCCAGUACUAGAGAGACCGAAAUCGUUUCCCCUUCGCUGGAAAAGCGAAGAAUAUCGAACAUCUCGAAGGCUUCUGGCAGCCCCAAGGGACAUUUUUCUUCCUUCCAACAAAUACUUGGUGUGUUGUACGGAGUUAGUUGUCGAUCUAGAAAUCCCCAAGAAGGUGACAGAGUUGCUAAGAUUACGUGAAAAAAGAGUUACUACAGAGCACGUUAUGAGACAACUAACUGAAGCCAUUUCCGCCAGCAUGGGUAAAAUGGAUCGUAAGAGUUUAGACGAAGUGAGACGCGUUUGCACAGAGGCUUAUUCUUUUCUACAAGAUAAUAUGGCCAACUGUACGCCCUCCGUUAAGGAAUUCCUGUCUACGAAACCGUUCAUUUUAAUUGAAAGGCGCUUUCUCUCUGCAGAUGAGGUCGCCUUUGAGGUGAAGACCGACUGUUCCCCUUACCUUAAUAAACUUCCAGAAACUUUAUCCGAUUCUUACGCCAAACUCCUGAGAUUCAGCGGUGUUAGAAAGCAAUUUAAAGCGAAGGACUACAUUUCAGGUCUUCAAAAAAUAAAGCAAAAGUUUGCAGAGACACAACUGGAUGAGCACACCUUGCAAGUGGCAGUCAAUAUGGCUAUCGAACUUGGGGAGACUGUGAAACAUGGUAAUGAGGAAUGGUAUGCCGGGAAGGAAAGCUCGAAUUAUAUUUAUCUUCCUGAUUCUGGAAGGAGAAUGUUUGCAGUGGCUGAUCUUUGCUACAAGGAUUGUCCGUGGAUGCCUGAUGAUCCAGAGGAACAGCUCAUUCAUGAAAAAAUUCCCUGGUCGACCUGUAAACAACUGGGGGCUAAAACACGCCGAGAAGGGGCCUUGCAACAACACGAUAUUGGGUUUCCUUUUGGGCAAAAGGAAGAGCUCACAAAUCGAUUGAAACGGAUUUUGACAGGCUACUCAGGCGAGAAAGAAAUUUUAAAAGAGCUUCUUCAAAAUGCAGAUGAUGCACAAGCAACCGAAAUUUGCUUUAUCAAAGAUCCUAGACACCAUCCUGAUGAAAGAGUGUUCCAAGAGAGUUGGAAGCCUCUGCAAGGUCCUGCACUUUGUGUAUAUAACAACAGACCGUUUACCAAUGCGGAUAUUGAAGGAAUUUGUAACCUCGGAAAGGGCAGCAAAGGAGAAGAUCCCAACAAGACUGGUCAGUAUGGAGUUGGGUUUAAUGCUGUGUACCACUUGACUGAUGUGCCGUCAUUCAGGUCGAAGGGUGAAGAAAUUGGAGAUGUUUUCUGCGUGUUUGACCCCCACUGCAAGUACGUUCCGUGUGCGAGUGAUGCAAAACCUGGAAGAAUGUACAAAGACAUCGAUAAGUUGAAGAAAAAGUUUCCAGAUGUUUUUCCCUGUUAUCUUGAGGAAUUGUUUCCCAUAAAGAAUGCAACCAUGUUUCGAUUUCCGCUUAAGUCUCAGGAAAUGGCUGAAGAAUCCAAAAUAUCAAAGAAACCUGUUUCCGUACAUCAACUUGAUGGAAUGAUGAAAGAUCUGAAGAUGGAGUUGUUUGAAGUUCUUCUGUUCGUUAACAAUGUGAGGAAGAUUAGCAUUGCAGAGAUAGACAGAAGUGCAAAAUUGGCAGGUAUCUACUCCGUUGAAGUUGUUAUGACUCAAGAAGAUGAGAGUAAAAGGCAGCGUUUCGCUGAUUACAUGAAGGAAGUUGGAAAGCAAGCCAAACACAAAGAUUUCCUCCCUACAAGUAUACAGCCGAAAAAGUGCAUUUAUACCAUGACACUUCGUGACAGCGUUGGUGAGGAGGAGACUUGGUUGAUUGUACAACAGGUCGGCUUUGAUAAGCCUGUACCAAAGAGUAUCAAUGACGCCUUCAGAGACGAAAACCUUGGGAUGCUACCUCGGGGUGGUGUGGCUUGCCUCUUAAACAGCAGCAGGUCAGCUGGGCAACGAAACGGUAAAGAAGGCAAAGCGUACUGCUUUCUUCCACUACCCUUUAAAACCAAUUUGCCCGUUUAUAUCAACGGUCACUUUGCUUUGGACCAUGAGGCCAGAAGAAAUUUGUGGCGGGAUGAAGCUGGUGGUUAUCGGAGUGACUGGAAUAACGCUUUGCUGCGUGAUGUUAUUACCUCCUGCUACCUCACUCUCCUGGACAAAGUACGCGGAUACAUUCAGCUGCCAGUUGGGCAGGAUGCUGCAGAUCAGUAUUCCACCUUUAGCAAGAGUGAGAUCACGAAAAAGCUAACUUCCUAUGAAGGGCUUUUCCCCAGGUAUCCCUUUGAAGAUUCACACUGGAGGACGUUAGCUGAUUCCGUGUACCAAGAAAUGAGCAAGAAGGAGUUGCGCCUAAUUCCAGUAGUGAGAUCUUUGAAGCAUAUUUCAGAUGCUCGUGCUAAAAAUUUGAAAUCAGUAGUAACAUGGUUUCCACCGCAAGGCAUAGGCAAGAACCAAGUAUUCUUCAACAAUCUCGAAAUCGAAGGCUGCUUUGCUGUACCCUCUCUAAAGCCAAAUGUUGAAGAGGAGGAAAGAAGAAAGAAAGAGGCAGCCCAGAUAAGGCGAAAACAGCAAUUCGAAGAAACGAUGCUACGAACUGGGUUUAAUUUAGUCGCACUAUCAAUCAACGUCUUCCGUUCGUUCAAAGAGGCGGAAGUAGAGGUUUACUGUCUAUGUCCUCUUGUUAUUAUGGGCUUCUUUAAGUCGUUUAAUGAUGUUAAUCCGCUUUGCAGUAUUGGCGAGAUUCCGUUUCCCAUUGACAAGACUCCAUUCAAAGACAAAGAGGCAGUAAUUGGCAUUCUAAAGUACUGCAAGGCUGAUGAAUGUUUUCUGGAGAAUCUCCCGGGUCUUCCAUUGCUACUCACACAAGAUAACUACUUACGCGUAUUUAGCGAGAAAGAACCUCGGUGUUUGAGUCAUUAUUACGAUAUUUUACCACGAUCUCCGUCGUUGUUUGUGCACAACAGAGUCCACUGCGAAGUUUUCAACAAUGUUGAUCUUAAAAAGACCCCUGUAUUCCGACCUCUGGAUGUGCAAAUACUCUCGUCAAAUUUGCACCUUGCGCUUCCCGGAUGCUUCUGUAGCGAGGAUCACUAUAUGAGGUGGUCUCCUGAAGAUCCAAAGUCUCCUUUGCCGAAUCGUCGCUGGAUUUACAGAGUCUGGAACUUUUUGGAGAGAUUUACCAGCGAAACAUUGAAAGAGUCAGAUGUAGCAGACGAAAACAAAAUUUCGUUCAUUCGUGACCUGCUCAAGCCGUUGUCUAAGUGGAACAUUCUUCCAGCGACAGAGAAAAGCCUGUUUGUAGAUCAUUAUUUAGUGCCUCUGAAAAUGGUGGAGUCGGUUCUUGAUUUUGGUGAUUGUGGUCAGUCAAGCAAGAAGUUGGUCGAGGCUUUGAGAUGUUUGACAUUACCUGAGCUUAACUCGGUUGUGAUGGCAUCCAGUAGCGUUGAUGCGUCAUCCUACACUAAUACGGAUUCAUACAAGUUCGCUUGUAAUAUUGUGGCGACAUUGAAGACACCUCAUUCGCUUUUAAAGGCUCUGAAUCAGAAACUGAAGACGAAUCCUGCCUCCCUUAGUGGUAGACUAAAGAGCGCUGAAGCUGAAAGCAUUCUUGGUUAUUUUAGCCGUAGUAUCAAGGAUUUAGUAGACGACGACAAAGAAACACUAAGGAAGCUUCCUUUCUUUCCAGUGGCGGGCGGAAGGGUUGCAGAAGUACAGGAUAGAGACGUCUUUGUCCUACCUGGUGGGAUCCCCAUGGACGAGAUGGAUGAUGUAGAAUCCAGAGUUGCCUGUUUGUUUCUAGAACCUCGUGAAAGUCUGUCAGACUUGUAUGAAUUCCUCGGAUUUCCCCAGUUAUCGCCUGCGAAUGCAUAUCUAAAGUUCAUCUUGAAAUGUUUUCGGCAUCUUACUUUACAAGGAAAAUUGGUCCAUCUUCGAUAUCUUCGGGGUUUGGUUUUCUCAGCAAGUGUGCCAGGGAAAGAAAACGAAGAAAUUGAAAAGCAGCAACUUCUAGACCAUCUGAAAGCAAUUCCAUUUAUCCCGGCCGUGGAUGGGUCCUCGAAGACAGCGUCCAGUUUCUACGACCCCCGGAAUGACGUUUUCCGUACUAUGUUAUUAGUGGAAAGUUUUCCACCGAAAAUUUUCAACACUCACGAAUGGCUGCACCUUUUGGAGAAGAUAGGCCUAAUUACAGAUGUUUCACAAGAGGAUUUUGUGAGGUUCGCUCUCCAAGUCGCAAAUGAAGCUGAAUCAGCACGCACUGAAGAGACCUACAAGAAGUCCGAAGUUCUAGUGCAUAAUCUUAUCUCCUGGCCUAAUGUUGUAGAAAAAGGGCUCCUAACUCGUGUUCGUAACAUUCCUUUUGUGGCGUCAGAGCCAGUAAAACAGUCCCUAGAAGCACUAUGUCCAGCAUUUGGGGAAAUGAGGAAUGGCAAAAUUCCAUUUAUUUCAUUUAGUGGUGCAGUACCAAUCGAUUAUCAAGAAAUUGUUUGGACCAAAGCGCAUUUGCUUCCAACUUGGGCGGAUCCAAGGUUUAAUUAUGGAGCCAUUGCGAGUGGUUGUCCUCAUCGAAAGACAGAUAAGUAUAUCACAAGUUUCCUGGCCCAGCUCAACGUUAUGAAGGAGCCAACAAUUCGUCUUGUCAUCAGCCACUGUCAGACGGUAAGUGGCAUAAGAGAUCUCAGAGAUAAGAGCGCUUCAACAGUCACAAGGGUCAUGGAACGCAUUUACACAUUCCUGCAGCAAAAGGCAGCCAAUGAGCCUAAUAUGAACAUCCUGCUCCAGAGCACACGUUGUAUCUUGGUGGAGCAAGGGAAACGGUUCAUCCUUCCUAAACAAGCCGUCCUCGAGCUCCACGAGCAUCUCGAGAUAAAGCCAUUCUUGUACAGAGUGCCUCUUGAAUUUGGCAAGUUUCACUCUUUUUGUAAGCUGCUGGGCUGCUCCAAAACUGUAAACUCUGGACACUACGCUAUGGUGUUAGAGCUUUUGCAGAAAAGGUGCCAAGAAGCAAAGCUACAUCCAAACGAAAUCCAGAUGUGUUGUAAGGCGGUUAGAGGACUAUUUAACUGUUUGCAAGACGAUGAUGAAAGCGUGAAAACCCUCUCUAAAUUGUACCUACCAGCAGUGUCUCCAGAAUGUUGCUCUCCGCGCAAACCAAUAGAAGCUAACCCUGUUACUUUGCGUCAAUCAGAAGAGCUUAUAUUUGAUGACGCUCCCACCUUUGGCAGUCGGAUUCACGGCAUUGACCAGCUGUUCGUGCCAGACCUUAGCCUGAUGGAAGUAAACUUAAAAUCAGCUAUGGCGAGCUUUAAAGAUCUCAUGAUGAAGUUGCCUGCUUCUUUACAACCACAAAUGUUAUCGUCGGUGGUGAAAGAGAAGCUCAUCUCCCCAGAAAGCCUAGAAGUAGUGUCAAUUGAGGCAGUGAAUGAAUUGAAACGGCAGCUCACUUCUGUGCAGUUUGGACAUGGAUUUGUGAGGAUCAUUAGAGACGUCAACUAUCAGAAGAAAGGCUUCGAUGAAGGGGUUAUAGCAGGUGUUGAAAGGGGACUCCGAAGCAUUGAGCUCCUAUCCGUAAAAGGCCUUGAAACGUCACUUUAUCACAAUGACAUCCUGAUUCCUGAGAGUGAGCAAUCAGUGGCGUAUUUCAAAGAGAGGUUGGAGCUACCUGGCAAGGAAACGUGGAGAGUUUACAUCAAUGCGCUAACUGGAAUAGAUGAAACCAUUUGGGCACAGGUAACUAACAUUAUCGUGGAAAUGUACGGCGAAUUCCUUGGUAAGAAUUCCUAUGUCAUUACUAGUAUGUUACGUUGUCCUCCCUCGAGCAUCUGGUCACUCUUGGACAAGAUGGGUAUAAGAAAAGAUGACAGUUACGGCGCAGCACAAAUGAAAAUCUACCCACAACCCGGUACCUAUAUUCCAGUUGAAGAUCAGCAUCUCUUGAAUGACGCUUUUGAAGAAUUUGAACCAGGGGAAUACGUUGGUUAUCAGCUGCAUGACCCAAGUCUACAGCAGGAGGAAGGCACUGCAAUCUACAUCUACGCUAUAGUUAUUGAGGAGGUAUCAAACACAGAUGCUGGGAUGUUGUUGAAAUCAUACAGAAUCGACAUUGGACAUGAGAAGGAGGCGGUUGUGGUCAGUGCUGCUCGCUUGCAUAAAUUUCACCGAUUAGAGGAGAUAUUUGACGAGCAAGAAGAAUUACACGAAGAUAUAGAAGAAGUGUGCAAAGAGAUCUCUGCCACUCUCGAGCUCGCAUGGGAACUACCAAAGGAUGAAAGAGAUCAAAUUGUUAAGCGUCUGUUUUUGCGGUGGUUUCCAAAGGAGAAUGCUCGUAAUUUGGAGUUGUUCGCAGCAGCUUUUCAGCACUUAAAGAGUGAGAUUUCCAGACUCGGUAAUUGUAACGAUUCCUUGUUUGCCCCAUGGGUAGCGCGUGCAAGAGAACGAGCUUUGCAGCGAAAAACCUACCGAGAAUGCUACCGCAAACACUACGGUUCGUGGAAGUCCUCAUCGGGCCAUAGGUCUGGGUACAGUUUUCCUCCAAGUUUCUGUCCUAGAAACUCUCAGCCCGGAGAGGCCAGGCGCUGGUUCAGGCAAGCCGAAGCUGACCUUGAGGCUGGCACCAGGGAAUUCUCCUUCGGCAGAGAUUCAUAUGAAUGGGUUUGCUUUAAAUGCCACCAGGUAAUCCUGCAUUUUGUCGUGAUAUAUUUCCAUUGUAUAUUGUCCCAGCCAUACUUCUUUAAGUAGGUUUAGAGAUGCUUUACCAGCCAACAAACGCACCAGCUUUUACUGAAGAAGUUACGAGAAUCGUCUGUACGAAUCACAGCCUACAAUCAACAAGUGCGUUUUUCUGCCGGUAAAUUACCAACAAGAAUUCCGUAUUUAACCCUUUUAAUAUUUAAACGGAUGACGCUGCACGGCAACAGCGACAAAUUGUAAAUAAAUAGCAUGGAAAACAGCAGUAAAAGUUGAAAACACUUUUUAUGCCAAAAUAGUGACGUACACAAUGGAAACAACCUUUUGAAGGAAAUCUACUACGAUUAUUGGUUAAGGUAAAGUUGAGGCUACUAUUAAAAGUUCAAAGGAAGGUCGCUGAGGGGAAAGAAGUCAUUUCUGCUUAAACAGCAUACGUUAUAGCCUAGGACAUUAGCACACUCCGAUCUAAUCAGCCAAUUGACAUCCAGAAUUAUUCCCAGAGCACGGAAAUGUCAAUAUUAAAGGUGCAUAAAUGACGUAGGUGUGCAAUCCCAGGGUUUCUUAAGGACAUUUUAAUUUCCUCCAAUACGAUUAGGGUGCUAUUUGAUGCUCUUAGCGUAGAGUUACAUAAAUGUCCAUUGUAGCCCUAACACACACGGAUGAAAGAACCAUUUUCUUAAAAUGGAGUAUGCAAAGAAUUAUUUUAAUAGGCUGAUUUAGCAACAGAACGGCAAAGUCAGUUAAAGACGGGGCGCGUAAAAUAAACAACUGGCUUGACCAAUGGCAGAGCGGCAAAUUGGGCACCCCAAGUCGUGUUUAGUACUUUCCGCACCUUUGCUCGUCUUCAACUGAUGUUCCCGUCCUGUUGCUAACUUAGCCUAAUGUGGCAUAUCAACGCGAAGAUUCGAUCUUUUCUGGGAUCAUCAGAUAGCCCCCAACUAAAAUAUUUAGAAUACGCAUUAAUAGCGUCUUUCAAUUUGAUCUUGUCCAUUUAAUCACGUGCCGUUGUUUAUGUUUUCUCAGGCAGCGGAAAAGGCCCUUAAAGCCCUGCAAUAUAAACUGGACGCAAACCAGAAGUGGAAUGACCACAAUUUGUAUCAAAAUUGCUCUGACUUUGAUGACCAUGAAUUAACCCAGUUAGCCGGUCAACUGGAAGGUGUUGUAGUUAAUUCACCGCACAUGCGAUAUCCUGACACCAUGUCUUACCCCAAGAUACCAAAUGAGGUGUAUACAGCACAAAAAGCAGAAAAGGCCUUGGACUUAGCAAGAGACAUUCUGGAGAUAGUGAGAGGAAAAUUGAGUUAG